CACACUGGGUGACAUGAACCCGAAGAUUUGGAUUUUUUUUCCGUGGCGAGAUCACUGGUAGUACUGUUCACUUUCGUUGUAGUUUGUUUUCGCACAGUCUUAUGCGUGAUUUGGUCAAGUGCAGAUACAGAAGGUCUUUGCAAAGUCGUGUAAGUCGGCAAGCAUGAAACACCACAAAACGGCAAAGGUAAAAGUCGCGAUCGAUUUCAAAGCUGAUUUUCAUUCCGUUGUGCGUGUUUCUGGAAAACUUUUUUGUCACUGCCAGUCCCCUUGUAGACUAGCAGCUUUUGCUUUUGCGUUCGUUUUCAAAGAUGUUCUUCCGAAGCGAUGACGUUGCGCCCCACAGCGGCCGAGCCCAGUUCCCGGAUAAGAAAUUUCGGGAUUCUCUCUGCGGCACCGGGGCCAUCAAUUGCAAUGUGGAGAGACCAACGGGGCGCGCGGCUGCACCAAGUCGUAUAGACGGCUUUGGAACUAGGGACGAGUCCCGGCUGGCAAAGGACGCUGCUAGGUUGCAUCUUUUAGAUACAACACUGAUGCGAUUAGACAUGAUUCGACUUAUUCAUUCUUGAAGCAAUUGAUUAGAAGGUCAGGCUGCACUCUUAAAGUUCCGACACGCCAAACCCCGUGCUGUGCUAUGCUAUCAGGUUGUCGACCUGAGCUAAUUACUCGAGAACGUCACAACCAAAUCGAAGGUAUGAAGCCGGUCCGAGUCUCGUCGGACGAAAAUCUUUCCAUACCAGGAGUAGCCGCAAUAUCGCUGAGAAAGCACCCUACCGUUGGCAAGCAGAGGGGGACGCUACGGUAAAAUGCGAAGUUGCAUCUAAUAUUAAUGUCUGAGGUUUGUUCUCGCAUGGUGCAUGCAUAGGCGGCAGAUACUCAGUCUUUCACCUCCUCAAAGACUUAAGUACCCAUGAUUAUUAACCUAUCAGGCCUCAUGCACCGGUGCGGACGCCCGGCCAUCUUCACGACUGCACGUUCGCGCCCCGAGUCACCAAUCUAGCAAGUGUGUCGAGGACUACGCGCGCUUCCACCGGGAAGUGUCCCCUCGUCCAAGCGAACCGCAUUUGACCCCGGCGCGGAACACGCUGGAUGUGAAUCUGCGCUUUCAUAGCCGCAGAGCCGGCGCGAGUGCGUCCACGCAGUCCGGCCUGGCAUGGGCGGCGGAGCCACCCGAAAUUGGAGUGUCCACCGCACGAGCAUCGUCCAAGAAAUCGAGUAUAUGCGCAGCUUGUUGAAAUAGAAAUAGUCAAGUUUUUCAAUUAGGACGACAUGGCCACAGGUAUUUCAUGAGUGGAGAUCAAAUUCAAUCAAUCGCGCAACGACACAAAACAGAUCGCGGCAGUCAAAAGCCAAAUUAUUUCGAGCAACGGGUUCCGCAAUCUGCAAGGGGUGUAGCGUCGAAGAUCACCCACCUAGAGCCCCCGGCUAGUCCCUUCGACGCGCCGCCCGAUGAUGCUGGAUGGUAAGUACUAGAGGACUGUCUGUUGUCGCAGGAGGUCGCUCUUUAUCGAUUCUUAUCCAUUUUUAUCGUCCGCUUUUUGCGAUGAAGGAGACUUAAUGUUGGCGAGCACGGUCUACUUCACGAGCAAACGUAAGUUCAAUCUGUAGAAACGUUUCAGGGUUCUCCGUAAUCCCAUCACGGGUCAGCAGCAGAAGCACCAGCGGCGAGAGUCCUUUUCGAAGCGGCGGUGCAUGUCGGCCCGCCCGGUCCGCGAUGAGGACGACCGCAUUGUCGGUGGCAAGAGGCCGGUCUACUGGGAAUCCGGCGAUAUCGUGCGGCGCGUUCCGUCGAAAGAGCGCAGUGCCAGUAAGGCGUCUGAUGCGAGUUUCCAAAGCAACCCCCAGCAGUCCCACACCCGCAGUCGCCGAAGCCCCCGAGGGGUGGAACACCACAGCAACUAUCCCGGGCGGGCGAGCGUGCCCGCGCCGCAAGGGUCGAGUUCGUCGACGCAGGGAAGUCGGCGAGGGAGCAAAACCAGCGUUACGUCGCGCGGGUCCACGAAGAACAGCACGGUCGGACGGUCGACGAAUAACAGUACCACGGGGCUGCAAGGCAGCGAGAAAAUGAAUCCUAAAGCACAGAACAACAACCCGAGACUGACGAAAAUGUCCUCGAGUUCCACGUCCACUGCACGGCAGUUCUUGCAGCUGCACACGAACGGAUCUGCCUCGAAUUCCGCACAGGAACCCCCGACAGCUUUGGUGCAGCAGCCGUCCGUUGUGUUGAACCCUGGGACGUCGACCUCCGUCGCGCACCCGCCGCCGUCCCGACUGACGAAUCAACUCUUGAAACUGGACCAGGCCCCGCAGUUUCAGACGCCGUCGACGCGAAUCGGCAUUCCGAACUUUUUCACGCCGGUCCGCCUCACGACUGGCACAACUUCGCAGCAUACUAACACUGCUGGCAACAUGGUUCAUCCCGCAGCUGUGGUUGGUGGUGCUGCGCCUGCGCCGUCGGUGAUAAGUGCUUCCACGGACCAGAAGUUCUCGCGGCCAAGUGCAAAUCAGCGACCGCCGAGCGUCGGGCCGCGGCCCGUGCAGUCCAGUACAAGAUCUUCGAACAACAGUUAUCAGGAGCAAAGGAGUGUAGCGGAAAACAACAAUUCGGCAAGUAUCAGUAAUUCAGCACACUCGUCCGGCGGGGGUGUAAAUGCGAACUCGAACACCAAACUCGCGAGGCCCGGGAGCGGCGCCGCAGCCGCAGCGGCGAGUUACGGGGGCGGCGGUGGCGCGCUUGGGGCGCACCUUUCGCGCACGACGCAGAACUACCUUUUGCGGUACGAAACCAGGACGCCGGAAAACGCGGGCCGGCACUGGUCGACCUGGGCGAAGUUUUCCAAAAAUCACUACUACCAGAAGAACGCGGAGAAGAUCAGCACGCCGCGGGACGCCGACCAAGCCACCAGUCUGGCGACCAGUGCGAAGAGUCAGCGGUUUGCCGGGUCGCCUUCCUUGGCUGCAACGUCGAACUCGAGCGGGCAACAGUUGCUGCAGAAUUCGAGCCGGAAGGCGAAGGUGAAUAACACGUCCCGGCAGUGGAUGUCUUCGCGAACCAACAAUCGGACGACGUACAGUGGCGGCCAGCUCUUGGGCAGCAGCAACACGAGUGGUCAUGCUGUAGCCCAGCGGCGAUCCGAAUCGCAGUCAAGAGCGGAGAGGAGUUUCAACAGAGAGCCGCCGCGGAGUGCGAGCAAGAAAGGGCGUGCGUACACGGCGGCGGGCGCAAGUACCACGAGCACCAACUUCGCUGGAACAAGUCCGCGGGAUGUGGGCGUGAAGAAGGUGGACAGGCUGCUGCGCGGAAAGAACACGGAAAAAAUGAGGUUCGCACCUGCUGCUAGAACCUAGGGUGCUUGUGGGUGCUGACAGUGGCGGCGCAGAAUGUUGUUCUGGACCCGAUCCGUGUGUAUAAACCAGUCUUUCAGUUUUGAUGUAUUGCACGAAGGGGAGGUUCUUUCGGUGCUCGGCGCACCCAAAGUUACAUUAUAUGGAAUCGACUCCGAAGGCGAAGUAGAUGUGCUUCUACACGCCGGAAUCAAAGCUAACCGUUUCAAAUCGAUGCAAAUGAUAAGGUGAUAUAUGAACUUCUCAACUGUCACUGUGUGCCAAUUCUGAUUUGAAAUUAUAAUCCCUAUAAAUUCCUAUGCGCCGCCAAUGCACAACAAAAAUACAAGCG